UUAAGAGCGGCGUUCAUGGAUCGCUGGGAGGAGGGCCGGGAGCGCCCGGAGCUGCGCGGAAUUCGCCGGGAACGUCGGGCGCCGGCUCCCUGGCUCGCUCACUCGCUCAGACCGGCUCCCUGCGCCUCAUCCCUGGGCUGCGCGGGGACCCGGGCCCGGUCGGGCGCGGAGCGAGCAGGGUUCGCCGGCGGGAGGCGCGCGCUCGGGGCAGCGCCUGGCCCCGAACAUGGACAGAAGGAGCUGGGCGCGCAGGGGGCGCCGCGGGACUGGGCGGCCGGAGCGCUGAGCCAGACAAAGGCUCAGGAGUUGCGCCUGCUCUCGGGAGCCGGGCCCCGGGCCCCGAAGCUGCAGGACCUCGCGGCGGGCGGCUCCGGCCCGCCCUCUGCCCCGUGGGCCGGUUCCGCGCGCCCGGAUCUGCCCGGCCCGCUUUUCCUCGGGCGUGGGAAUUGGGCUAGGAGACCUCAGCGGCUCCGGCGGUGGCCGGGACCGGGAGGGCUGCCCCGCGCCCGCCGGGCGGCGAGCCAGGGAGCGUCGCAAGUUUCCGAGCCGCGUGCGGGGACGCGGCGCUGGCGAGCGGGCGAGCCCCGCGUGCAGCAGCGCUCCGGGCCAGGCUGGGCGCCGAGAGCAUGGGCAGCGCCCGGAGCGCGCCCGGACGGCCGGGCUGGGCGGGCAGCCUCCUUAGCGGCCGGGAGGCGGCUGCGCGACCGCGACUGCUGCCGCUGCUGGUGGUGCUUCUGGGCUGCCUGGGCCGCGGCGCAGCGGCGGAGGACGCAGAAGUCAAUGCCGAGGUGGAUGAAGCGGCCCCGCUGUGGGGUGCCAGACCAGUUCGGGGUACGCGUGAAAGCCAAUUUGCGGCGGCGGCGGAAGCGCUACGCCCUCACUGGGCGGAAGUGGAACAACCACCACCUGACGUUCAGCAUCCAGAACUACACAGAGAAGCUGGGCUGGUACCAUUCGCUGGAGGCAGUACGCCGGGCCUUCCGCGUGUGGGAGCAGGCCACGCCCCUGGUCUUCCAGGAGGUGCCCUACGAGGACAUCCGGCUGCGGCGGCAGAAGGAGGCUGACAUCAUGGUACUCUUUGCCUCUGGCUUCCACGGCGACAGCUCACCGUUUGAUGGCACAGGUGGCUUUCUGGCCCACGCCUAUUUCCCUGGCCCUGGUCUGGGCGGGGACACCCAUUUCGAUGCAGAUGAGCCGUGGACCUUCUCCAGCACUGACCUGCAUGGGAACAGCCUCUUCCUGGUAGCAGUGCAUGAGCUGGGCCAUGCGCUGGGGCUGGAGCACUCGAGCAACCCCAGCGCCAUCAUGGCACCAUUCUACCAGUGGAUGGACAUCGACAACUUCCAGCUGCCCGAGGACGACCUCCGGGGCAUCCAGCAGCUGUACGGCACCCCGGAUGGCCAGCCACAGCCCACCCGGCCCCUUCCCACUGUGACCCCCCGGCGGCCAGGCCGGCCAGACCACCGGCCCCCCAGGCCCCCUCAACCACCUCCCCCAGGCGGGAAGCCGGAGCGGCCCCCAAAGCCAGGCCCCCCAGCGCAGCCUCGAGCCACGGAGCGGCCCGACCAGUACGGCCCCAACAUCUGCGACGGGGACUUUGACACGGUGGCCAUGCUGCGUGGGGAGAUGUUUGUGUUCAAGGGCCGCUGGUUCUGGCGGGUCCGGCACAACCGCGUCCUGGACAACUACCCCAUGCCCAUCGGCCACUUCUGGCGCGGUCUGCCCAGUGACAUCAGUGCCGCCUACGAGCGCCAAGAUGGGCGUUUUGUCUUUUUCAAAGGUGACCGCUACUGGCUCUUCCGAGAAGCGAACCUGGAGCCUGGCUACCCACAGCCACUGACCAGCUACGGCCUGGGCAUCCCCUACGACCGCAUCGACACAGCCAUCUGGUGGGAGCCCACAGGUCACACCUUCUUCUUCCAGGAGGACAGGUAUUGGCGCUUCAAUGAGGACACGCAGCGUGGAGACCCCGGCUACCCCAAGCCCAUCAGCGUGUGGCAGGGGGUCCCUGCCUCCCCUAAAGGGGCCUUCCUGAGCCAUGAUGCAGCCUACACCUACUUCUAUAAGGGCACCAAAUACUGGAAGUUUGACAACGAGCGCCUGCGCAUGGAGCCCGGCUACCCCAAGUCCAUCCUGCGGGACUUCAUGGGCUGCCAAGAACACGUGGAGCCAGGGCCGCGAUGGCCCGACGUGGCCCGUCCGCCCUUCAACCCCGACGGGGGUGCAGAGCCGGGAGCGGGCGGUGACGGCGAGGAGGGCCACGAGGCGGGCCCCGGCGGCGGCGGCGGAGGGGGGGACUUCGGGGAGGGCACGGACGAGGACGGGGGCAGCCGCGUGGUGGUGCAGAUGGAGGAGGUGACUCGGACGGUGAACAUGGUGAUGGUGCUGGUGCCACCGCUGCUGCUGCUGCUGUGCGUGCUGGGCCUCACCUACGCCCUGGUGCAGAUGCAGCGCAAGGGCGCGCCCCGCAUGCUCCUCUACUGCAAGCGCUCCCUGCAGGAGUGGGUCUGACCGCCCGCGCCAGCCCCUCCUGCUCCUCACGGUGCUAAGGGGCCAGGCUGGCCGCGCCUGUGGUUCCGAGACGGCUCCUGGGGCCUUUCAGCUGGAGCCUUCGGUGGCUCCCUCAGCCCCUGGGUGGGGGCCCUUCCAGGCCCUCCGACAUCCCUGCCAGCCCUGCCCCCUUGUUUAUUUAUGCCCAGGUAUCUUUUUUUUUUUUUGCACACUAAUUGAGCAUUUCUUCCUACUUUCCUGACCGGGGCGGUCCCUCAGGGCAGGGGGUUAGAAUUUUCUAAAUGUAGUUCUGCACCAGACAGGGAAUUAGGCUCCCACCCACCUCUGGCGCAGCCAGGAGAGCAGAGGGUCAGGAGGCCCAGUUGGCAGAGCGGCUGAAGGGCUGUCGGGCUGUGCCUCAGCCUCAGCACCAGGGCCAGAACCGAGGGAGCUUGUUGGGGCCUAACUGGUUUCCAGCCCCCGAGUCUUUCUGGUCUUAGAAAGAGUUUUCACUUGGUGGCAGCCCCAGGCCCGAGGGGGCAGGGAGGGGGAAGUGGCCGCUGAUCAAGAGUGAGUCCUAUUGAGAUCUGGUUCCUUCCCAGCCCACCUCUGAUAACCCCAGCAGCCUGGGUUCCAGGUGCCUAAGAACACGACCCCGCCCCUGGCCAGCACGGGGCCAGCAGCCCCCAGCUCCCACGUACCCCUUGAGCCCACACCUCCUUCCCUCUCUGGAGAAGGGGCCCUGGGCCUGCCUUACCAAGGACCAAAGGGGGUCUGCUAAGGCCCCUCCCCCAAGGGUAGCAUCUGCAUCGCCCCCCAGGCUGGGCUUCCAGCCCCCGCCCACUUUCUCCUCUCUGAGCUAUGACCCAGCUGGGCUCUUUCCGUGAGCCUUCUCCCUCCCUCCGUCACCCACGUCACCAUCCUCAGGGGUCUAAGAACUCCACCAGCCUCAGGCUCAGCUGCUAGUGUCCUGGCUAUCCAGGGAAAGACGGGGCUGACGGGUGCCCAGGCUGGAGAGGUAGAUGUCCACAGAUGUGUGCCCACCAGGCUUCAGGGGUUCCUCCCUCCCAGGUCCGUGCCCCCAGGGACACUGGUAGGGAGCAGUCAGCAUCUCAUCCCCUCACACAGGCUGUGGGACAGGGCUGUGGAGCCCCCAGAGGAGUCCAUCAUAGCCUGGAGACUACCACCACCACCCCUGCCCCUGCCAUCCUGGGCUCAGCCCUGAAAGUGGACAUGAUUUCUCCCUCUUUUCCUUCCCAAGGUAAGCAGGAGGCGAGGCUGCUGUGGGCAAUGGUACUGUACAGCCGGCUCUGUCCCCUCUGCUCCCCUGCAGCCCUGAGCGAGCGGGUCUGCCACCCAGAAUCUCGGAGGCCCCUGGGGGGAGGGGGUCCUCAUGGGCUGGCCCCCAGCGUGGGUCCAGCAGCUUCCUCCCCCUCCAUCCUCAGAACCACCAGAAAGCCAGCCAAGGGGGGUGGCGAGGGGGGUCCGUGUCCACCCUCAUAUGUUUCUUUCUGUAAAUAAUCUGCACUGAUUAAAUUGUGCGGCCGGCGA